AAGCUGGACGGCAAAGGAACGCGCAGAAGUUUUCUGGAAGUCCGUGUGGCUAGCAGCUUAUUGCAUCAUAUUUGGAAGCCUCAGGCACCUCACGCUACAACUUUGGCCUCCGUUACCACCCUUGCAUCUGAUAAUUUGGGCAUUUUGGAUCCCUCAUGGAUUUAUCCGAUCAACCCACCCCUUCCCAACGCGACUCAACAGAAACAUCAUAUACCGAGACGACACCUUUCCUUCAACCUGUUUCUGAACUCUCCCUAUCGCCGUUUGAAUCAUGGUCCCAGCGGCGUCUAUCUUCUUUCGAGCGCGAUGUCGUGAGGGGGAUCGAUAUGCAACUCUUGCCCCUUUUAGUUCUUAUUUACAUUCUAAACUUGAUAGAGUGCAAUAAUAUAGCUUCUGCAAGACUUGCAAAUCUCGAAAAUGACCUAGGGCUGACAGAGAAACAGUACGACACUUGCAUUUCUAUUCUCUACAUUGGGUAUAUAUCCAUGCAAGUCCCCUCGAAUAUAAUCCUUUCACGCAUCGCUCGACCCGCAUAUUUUUUAUGCGGCUGUAUGGUCGUUUGGGGCUUUUUGUCUGCGUGUACUGGGCUCACACGGAAUUUCACCGGUUUACUGCUAUGCCGGCUCCUGUUGGGUUUCGCUGAAAGCGCAUUCUUUCCCGGAGCCUUAUAUUAUAUCUCAUCGUGGUACACCAAAAAAGAGCUUGCACUCCGCAUUGCAUUUCUCCAAAGUGGUGCCCAAAUAGGUAAUGCAUUUGGGAAUCUGAUGGCAAUUGGCCUACUUAGACUGGACGGAACGUUCGGUAUCGCAGGAUGGCGAUGGUUGUUCCUGACCGAGGGGAUUGUAACGGUGUCAGUCGCCUUGAUAAGCAUGCUCAUCCUCCCGGACCUUCCAUCAUCCUCCACAUCUUCGCACCUCAACCCAGAGCAACAUGAAUUCGCAAUAUGGCGCCUCCAGCGUGAUGCCGCCCUUCGAAGUCCUGACGAAGCUGCCGCGGUAGGCUUAAACAUGAGGGGAAAGAUCAGGGGUAGAAUAAGUAUAUGGGAGGUGCUGCAGAUGGUGUUUGUGGAUGGCAAGGUGUGGAUGUUCCUUGGGGUUAUGAUGGGAAUUUGUAAGACACCCACCCUGGGUUAUCCCAGGAACAUGACACUCCUCUUGACAGCACCUCCGUACAUUCUGUGCUGUAUUUUUAUGCUGCUUAACGGCAUUCACUCGGAUAAGACACAAACACGCUUCAACCAUAUUAUCUGCCCGCUCACCGUAGCGACCCUAGCGCACGCUGUUAUUUUGUCAACGACAGCGGUUGCACCAAGAUAUUUCGCGAUGCUACUUCUUCCUGCCUCCAUCUUUGCCUCAAUGUCUGUCACAUGGAGCUGGAUCUUUCAAACAAUUGAUCAACCACCCGAGAAACGUGCGGCUGCAUUCGCAUUUCUGAACUCGAUAUGUAAUUCAACAAACAUCUGGACUUCCUAUCUUUACACCGGCCCACCUCAAUAUCUGCUCGCGUUUAGCGUCAACAUCGUCGCAUUAUUGCCUGCAAUGGCAUUCGCAACGCUCACAAAGUGGCACUUGAAGAGAUUAAACGAUGCAGAAGAGAGAGAAGGGCGGAAGGGAAGACAUGUUCUCUAGGAAGGCUGUACUAGAUUUGGAUGAGUGACCUUGCCUUUGAAGUUGGGGAAUUAG